AGCAGUCUGUUUAACUGAGUGGACAGAAUGGUUCUCACAAUGAGUAUACUUUGUAUUUUUUUACUAUUUGAUUUUCUUACAAUAACCUCUGGUAGAAGUGUUGAGGGUGGGAAGGAUGCUGAUGUUCUUAUUGUUGGAGGAGGGAUAUCUGGUCUUGCAGCUGCUGGCAGGCUGGAGAAAGCUGGACUUAAGGUUCUAGUGCUCGAAGCUAGGGAUAGGCUUGGAGGAAGAAUGUUUACUGGAGGUGAUGAUAAUGUUAUUGAGUUUGGUGCUCAGUGGAUUCAGGGUGAAAGCCAGAAUCCACUAUUUAAGUACGCAAAGUCUCAUCACCUUUUGGGAGAUGAAAUCAGACGGUACGGUGACACUUGGACAGAUGAUUAUCUGCCAGCGGUUGCUUUUACUUCUACUGGGGAGAAAAUAGACAGAGAAAAAUCAAAUUUUGCUCUAAACGUCUUUGAAACUAUUAAUGAGCUCAGUGAUUAUGAUGAUCCUGAACAUAGAAAUCAAUCUCUUGGAGAAUACUACUUGUCUAAAGUAUAUUCAGAAGUGGACAAACUAGACAUAGACAAUAAACAAGAGAUGAUUGAUAUCUUAGAGGGGUUUGAAUUCAUGAUAACCUAUGAUAUUGGUGACAUCAUCAAUAACACUAGUUUAAAACUGUGGGCUGAGACUGAGGAGAUUCCUGGUGGUAAUGUAAUUGUUCCUGGAGGUUUAAAAACCAUUAUAAAUGCUCUUAAAGAGGAUCUAGGUGAAGAACGAUAUAAACUGAACACUGUAGUUGAAGAGAUAGCUUGGACUGAAGAUGGAGUGACUCUUAGAUCCAGCUCAGAUUUUUACACAGCAGAUCAUGCUAUAGUCACAAUUCCCUUGGGAGUUUUGCAGAGUAAUCCAGAUCUAUUCUCUCCUACUUUAGAUGCCAAGAAGAAGAAGGCAAUUAAGAACAUGCGACCAGGACGAGCCAGCAAGAUCUUUCUGCAGUUUGACAAUCCUUUCUGGAGAGAAGGAGAAGGACAGAUGAUAUUUCUUUGGACCAAGGAAGAGCAAGAGUCUGCUGUCAUGCCCCAGGAAUGGUUUAAAAUCAUUAGUUUUGUGGAUGAAGUAGAAGGAAACCCGGAUAAACUUAUGAUUUGGGUGGUUGGGGAAGCUGCUCUUGUAGCAGAUAAGCUGGAGGACUCAGAAAUUGCUGAAGUAGUGUUUAAGCUUAUGCAACAAUUUUCAGGAAAUCCUAAUAUAACUAAAAUAUCCAAGGUUAUCAGACAUACCUGGCUUACUGAUCCCUUCAGUUUAGGUACCUACAGCUAUCCAUCAAUCAAUUCUACAGCAAUAGACUAUCAAGAACUAUCCCGCCCUCUGCCAUCUAUAGAAGUACCACGCCUCCUUUUGGCCGGUGAACAUACACAUGAGAAAUUUUGGGGGUAUAUGCACGGUGCCAUGUUGUCAGGAAUAGAACAAGCAGAGAGAAUAUUGGAGUUUAAAGGUCUUCUUGUCAAGUCUAAAGGGGAAGAAAAUACAGUUAAUGAUCUGGAAGAAGAGGAGGAGUAUGGGAAUAUGGGUAAAGAUAAAACAGUAGACAAUGAUGAAGUCAAAGAAAAAGAAGCUAAAGAUGAAGAAAAGAAGGAUGAAAAAUAGUCAAUUCAAGCAAUUUUGACCAUUCAUUAAUCAUUCCUGUGGUCAUGUGAGUUUCCAAAAAAUAAAUUAGGAUUUUAAGCCGUUU